GUGAACUUUUGCUUCUCUCUUUCCCAACAAAACUGUGUUCUUUUUUUUAAUCUCUCCCAUAUGCCUACCUUCCCCAUAUGCCCAACUUGGUGUACAACUGAUGUUAGGAUACUGAAGUCUCUUUUUCUCUCUGCAGAUGCUGACAAAUGCACCAAAUGUUCAAAAGAUCAGCAUCCAAACAAAGACAAAAAUCAAUGUGUACCCAAAAUAAUCACCUUCCUAUCCUAUGAAGAAUGUUUGGGGAGCAUCCUGGCUUCCUUUGCCCUCUUCUUAUCCUUAACCACAGGUUUUGUGUUAGGAAUCUUCAUUAAAUACAAGGAAACUCCCAUAGUCAAAGCCAACAAUAGGGAUCUCUCCUACAUCCUCCUCAUCUCCCUCCUGCUCUCCUUUUUGUCCUCCUUCCUCUUCAUUGGCCAGCCAAGGAAAGUGACCUGCCUUUUGCGCCAAACAGCCUUCAGCAUCAUCUUCUCAGUUGCUGUCUCUUCCGUCUUGGCAAAAACCAUCACUGUGGUGCUGGCCUUCCUGGCCACUAAGCCAGGGAGCAGGGUGAGGCGAUGGCUGGGGAAGAGGUUGGCCAACUCCAUUGUCAUUUCCUGUUCCAGUGUACAAGUUCUCAUCUGCAUGAUGUGGCUGGGGACAUCUCCUCCUUUCCCUGACUCUGACAAGCGCUCCCAACCUGGGGAGAUCAUCCUGAAAUGCAACGAAGGGUCUGUGGGCAUGUUCUAUGCUGCCCUCAGCUACAUGGGCUUCCUGGCUGCCAUCUGCUUUACGGUGGCUUUCCUAGCCCGAAAGCUGCCUGACUCAUUCAAUGAAGCCAAGCUGAUCACCUUCAGCAUGCUGGUCUUCUGCAGUGUUUGGGUGUCCUUUGUGCCCACCUACCUGAGCACCAAGGGGAAAUACAUGGUAGCCGUGCAAGUCUUCUCCAUCUUGGCCUCCAGUGCUGGGCUUCUAGGAUGCAUCUUCCUUCCCAAAUGCUACAUUAUUAUACUGAGGCCUGAUCUGAACCUGAGAAAGACUAGAAAUAGCUAAAUAUGAUAUUUGAUUCUUAGUUCUAGGGAUAUCAUGGAACUGUAGAGUUAGAAGUCCACACCAGGAUAUUAACUACAAUGUGCAGCUAGCCGUGUAUAUGGUGAGGCAAAGAUCCAAUAGUGUGCUUACCAUGGUUCCCCUAGCCUCACAUGUGAUGGAAAGCAUGUAAACAUCUACUGGUGGAUCUCUGGAUGAUCUUCACAAGACCUCUAAGAGGUUCUG